AUGACAGCUGAGGUACAACCUGUUAAUCCUGAGGACCUCAAGGCGCUCAAGGAGCGGAUGCAGCUUAUUGCCGAAGCUGAUCCUACUCAGUAUCACAAUGAAUUUUCACUCAAGAGAUACUUAAGAGCCUUCAAGACCGUAGACGCGGCUUUUCAGGCCAUUCUCAAAACCAACAAAUGGCGUGAGACCUACGGUGUUAAGGAUCUUGAACAAUUGCCUGCCAUUCAGAACAAUUUGCUUAAGGCUAGGGUCCUGAAUCACAGAGAUAUCACAGGAAGACCAGUCAUUUAUAUACCAGCAAAGAAUCACAAUACAUCCGAGAGGGAUAUUGACGAACUAACAAAGUUCAUUGUCUUCUGCUUGGAGAAAGCGUGUCAGAAAUGCUUCGAGGAAGUCACAGAUAAUCUGUGCAUUGUCUUUGACCUAGCUGAGUUCAGCACAUCUUGUAUGGACUACCAGCUCGUGAAGAACCUCAUUUGGCUUCUAAGCAAGCACUACCCAGAACGUUUGGGUGCUUGUCUCAUCCUAAACUCACCCACGAUAUUUUCGACCAUUUGGCCGGUGAUACGUGGGUGGUUGGAUGAAAACACUUCCAGUAAAGUGUUCUUCGUGAAUUCCGAAGAGGAACUGUGCAAGUACCUCAUUCCUGACAUCCUACCCAAUGACAUGUAGUGCGCUAGAGAAUCAGACGACCUUGUAUGGUAUGUUAUGUAUAAAAUAUGAGGGUUAUACGUAAUGAUUUUUCUGUCAAUUAUUUAUUUUCUCCACUGUAUUUGAUGAAAAAUCCAAAAUAUAUGGACACUAUAUAUUGGUUAGUGACACCAACGA